AAGGCCGGGCAGGAUGGGGAAGGAAAGAAAGAGAUGGAGAAGAGACCCCGAGUCAGAGAGACCCACACGGCGGAGAAAGGGGAGACAGACAAGGGGAGAGGGACCAGAGACUCAGAGAGAGACCCAUAGAGAAAGGAUAGAAGGGGGCGGCAGAGACCGAGAGAGGAGAACAGAGACCGAGAGAGGGAUGAAAACUCAGAAAGAGGGGAGGACAGGGACCCAGAGAGAGGGGAGGUCAGAAAUGAAGGGAGAGAUGGGGACAGAGACCCGGUAAGGGACAGAGACAUAGAAGGGGAAUGGAAGUUCAGACAGAGGUAGGUGGAGGGUUGGGCAGGUGAGAGAAAAAAAUGACAACUCUAUGAUUGCUCUGUAACCUAUCCCCCCACACAUACUCCCUGCGCACUGUACCCCCUUCUCCCCACCCCCACACUCUGGAAGGGGCAGGAAGGGGCUCUAUUCCUGGGGCACAUUCCUCAUCCCUAGACUCCAUGUGACCCCAGGAGGCCCCGCCCAAGCCCGUGUCACUACCGUGUGAGCAUCCGACACACCCCUUCCCUCCUCCCCGGACCCAGGGGUCCAGACUCUGAGAACCAAAAGGCAGAGGGGGCUGGGGCCUCGACUUUUGGGUCCUCCGGGAGGACACUGGGGACCUGGACUUCUGGGUCCUCGGCGUGGACGGCCUUGAGAGCAGGGGCUGCGAUAAUAACAUCAAUCAAAACAGACACAAAUCCAAGGUCAAGGCAGCAGGAGGUGCUACGGAAGUUCAUGGCCAGACAUGUACUACUUUCAGUCUCAGCCUGUUUUCCUGGAAAUGCCAAAAAGCUGCUCUGCUUAACACCUCAUGAUGUCAUAGUAUGCUCUGGGUUCUGAUUGGCUGAGGGUCUUACAUAAAGCCAGAGCAUAUAAGGGGGUUCUACUUCCCCACCUUCAUGCAAUUAGAUGGAACCAUGGACCCCUGCCUGCCAAACCCCCAGGACUGUGUGGGACCUGAGUGCUGUCAUCCCCAGAGAACCUGAAGCCAGACAACCUGGAGCAGGCUGGCCAAGGAGGCACAAGACAGCCAUGCUCAGCACUCGGGAGCCUCUGUUCUUCCCCAUGGCCCGCUUCAUCCUCUUCGUCUUCACGGCUUCCACCAUAUUUCACCUUCAGCAGCGGGUAGCAAAGAUUCAGCGUAUGUGGGAGGUCCAGACGCUGGAAUCAGCGAUGGCGGAGAACGCCACCGGUUACCUGUCCAGGGGCAUGUGGACGAUCGACGCAGUGGGCCGCCUGGGGAACCAGAUGGGCCAGUACGCCACCCUGUACGCGCUGGCCAAGGUGAACGGGCGGCCGGCCUUCAUCCCGGCCCAGAUGCACCGCAUGCUGGCCCCCAUCUUCAGAAUCACCCUGCCCGUCCUGCACCGCGCCACAGCCCGAAGGAUCGCGUGGCAGAAUUACCGCCUGAACGAUUGGAUGGAGGAGCGGUACCGCCACAUCUCGGGGAAGUACGUGCGCUUCACCGGCUACCCCUGCUCCUGGACCUUCUACCACCACCUCCGCGACGAGAUCCUCCAGGAGUUCACCCCACACAACCACGUGCGGGAGGAGGCCCAGAAUUUUCUGCGGGGUCUGCAGGUGAAGGGUAGACGGCCGGGCACCUUCGUGGGGGUCCACGUGCGCCGGGGGGACUAUGUCCACAUCAUGCCCAAAAUUUGGCGCGGUGUGGUGGCCGACCGGCAAUACCUAAAGCAGGCCUUGGACUGGUUCCGGGCUCGCUACACCUCCCCCAUCUUUGUGGUCUCCAGCAACGGUAUGGCCUGGUGUUGGGAGAACAUAGACACCUCCCGUGGUGAUGUGGUGUUUGCUGGCAACGGCAAUGAGAACUCACCUGCCAAAGACUUUGCGUUGCUCAUGCAGUGUAACCACACCGUCAUGACCAUUGGGACGUUUGGGAUCUGGGCUGCCUACCUUGCGGGUGGAGAGACCAUCUACCUGGCCAAUUAUACCCUCCCAGACUCUCCCUUCCUCAAAGUCUUUAAGCCAGAGGCAACCUUUCUGCCGGAGUGGAUUGGAAUCAAUGCUGACCUGUCCCCACUACUCAAGCACUGACAUUAGCCCGCCCCCGGCACCGCCUUCUCUUUUUCUGGCUCCCCUAAGAUCUGUCCCAAAGCAUAAGGAGCACAUUGUUACAUGUACUAGGAACCUUCCUUCUCCCAUUAGAAUGCUUCAGGCAGAAAGUAACAGAGGUCCCAACUAACUUGUCUAAUUAACAUAUUCGUGUAUCUCUCGCAAGACCAGAGGUGGCACAUCUCCAGGGAUAGUUAACUCAGCAGCUCAACAAUGUCAUCACUGAUCCCAGUUCCAUCCAUCUUGUUGAGCUGCCAUUAUCUCCUCUUAGACGGGCUCCCUCAUGGCCCCAAGAGGGCUGCCACAUAUCCAGGUGUCACAUGCAGACAACCUCUUCUCAAGGCAGCGAAAAGAGGUUCAUUUUUAUGUUAGGUUCCUUUUGAAGAGUGAGGGAAACCUUCCAUAGCCCUCCAGCAACUUCCCAGAAGUGUGUCUCACAUCCACGUGACCUGUUACAAGGCAAGAUGAAUGAGACCUGGGAUUGCCUUAGCUCAGUUCAGAUCAAUAAUAAAUCUUUGCCCCUUGCAGCUGGGGAGUUGAUCAGUUUCCUCUGAAGGACAUGGCAGCUUGCAGAAAGAAAAUUGGGGAGAACUUACCAAGGAAGGAGGAAUGGCUACAGAGUACAAAUCAGGGAAGCAGGUUGUUUACUACAUAGAGACCAAGGAGGCAAAUGAGGCUUAAAUAGAGCCCAUGGUCUACUCUCCAAGCCAUGUGUCCUUGGGACCAUGGCCACCCAGAGAGCUUUUUUUCCCUGGUUAGUCCACCCAGACAAGGGACCUGUUUUUGUUUUCACAAGAACACCAUAAUGGCUAGCAACUGGUGUUCAUCCAAGACCAUACGCCCCACAUCAGCAGCCCUGGCUUCCUAAGGCCUCAGAUGAUAAUUGUUGAGAACUCAGAGACCAGCAUGGCUCGAUGAACUUGAGGUGAGUCCAUUCAUUCUUCCAGUAAAUGUUUGUGCUGGUGAACCUAACCAAAAGGUUAGCUUUCAGUGCUGCUCAGUGGCUUAAACAUAGUGGCUUAAAACGACAGCAAUUUUUUAUUUCCCACAAUCCUGUGAGCCGAUUGGGUGGUUCUCUGCUCCACGCAAUGUUGGCUGAAGUCUCGUGCAGCUGAAUUUAUAUGGAGCUCACUUAGAGCAUCUCCAUCUCCUCUAUGUGGCCUCUCCUGCACGAUAGUCUGGUCUUCUUCACAGCACAGCUUUCAACUUGUUUGCUGGAACACUCACUCUUGGAGCCCUCACUCAGCAUCAUGUAAGAAGUCCCACUACCUGAAGCCACCGUGCUGUGAAGAAGCCCAGCCCCACUGACGGGCCACAUGUAGGUGCUCCAGUUAAGUCUUAGCUGAGGCAAACGUCAAGUCAUCCCAGCCCAAGCAUCAGACAUGUGAGUGAAGAAGCCUCCAGAUGAUUUCACAAGUCAACCUGUCAUUUAGAUUUUAGCGUGAUCCAGUCGAGGCUCCUGACAAUAUGUUGCAGAGACAAGCUAUAUCUGAAUUUCUGAUUCAGAUUCUAUGAGCAUAAUAAUGUGAUUGUUUUAUGCCACUAAGUUUUGGGGUAGUCUAUUAUGCAGCCAUAGAUAAUGGGAACAAACUGAAUAAACUAUUCUCUGUAUUUGCAAACAUUUUCAUGACUUUGGCAUGAACUAGGCCAACAUGAAUUUUCCCACCUGACUUGAGAUCUCAUGGACAAAGGUCCUGUGGCAAGGGGUAGUCGCAUUAUACAUGACAGUGAAAUGAGGCCAGUGUGGUUGGAGAAGUUAGUUGUGAAGCCAGAUGUGUGUGGAGAAGUUCGCAAGGGCAGACCAUGAGAGGCCCUGUGGACCACGACGAGGAUUUUGGGUUUUAAUCUAGGACCAAUGGGAAACCAUCAGAGUGAUAUGAUCUGAUCUGUUGUGUGGACACACCCAGCUGCUAUGUGGAGAAAGGGCUGUAGGGGCAAAGUGAGACAGAGGUACCAAUGAGAAGGCUACUGGAACAUUCCCAGCAAGUAAUGAUGGUGGGCCAAGGAGGUAAUUAUGGAAGUAGUGAGAAGUCUUAUUUCAAGGGCCCAACAGAGAUUCCCAGUGUCUCUCUGCCACAAUUUCACAUUGCUGAGUCAACCUGAUUGCUUUAAUUAGGUUGAUGUUUGAGUCAAGCAUUCACCAUGCGCCCAUUACCUAAGGCCACGGUGAAGGUUCACCCGAAUCACACAUGGCUGCCAUGUUUGUAAGGGAGUUGGUUCCAAGAGAAGAAUGUAAGGAUUGGGAAGAUGCUCCAAAAAUGGGUGCAUAGGACAAAAAGGUUUGCCACUCACGUUGCAGUGACUGAAGCAAGUCAUGUGGUCACACCCAUUUUCAAAGAGGGGCAUCAAGAGCACCUGUCCACAUGCCCCAGAGUAUUUAUGCACACCCCUAAUGACUACCUCACAUGUCUGUACAGUCCCUCUCCGUGGUUCUGUUGGGGCCCCUUUCUUUUGGUAUGGAAGGGGGUGCCCCAGUACUAACUAGGCUAAUAGGUCUCUGCCUCCAUAACUUUAUUUAAGGAAUCCCCUUUCCAAG